UUUCUGUUUCUCUCUCGAAAAAACACUCAAAUCCUUAAAAGAAAUUUCCAUGGCUCCCAAGGCAGAGAAAAGGCCCGCGGAGAAGAAGCCCGCCUCCGAGAAGCCGACGGAGGAGAAGAAGACCAGCGUCGCCGAGAAGGCUCCGGCGGAGAAGAAGCCAAAGGCCGGGAAGAAGCUUCCGAAGGAAGGAGGCGCCGGCGCCGGAGACAAGAAGAAGAAGCGGGUGAAGAAGAGCUCGGAGACCUACAAGAUCUACAUCUUCAAGGUUCUCAAACAGGUCCAUCCCGACAUCGGAAUCUCCAGCAAGGCCAUGGGCAUUAUGAACAGCUUCAUCAACGACAUCUUUGAGAAGCUGGCCCAAGAGUCCUCCAGGCUCGCCCGUUACAACAAGAAACCGACAAUCACGUCCCGCGAGAUUCAGACCGCCGUCCGCCUCGUCCUCCCCGGAGAAUUAGCGAAACACGCCGUGUCUGAAGGCACAAAGGCCGUGACUAAGUUUACAAGCUCCUGAAUUUAACGCUUUCCAAUCUAGGAUUUUUGUCUUAUUUUGUGUUUUGGGAAAUUAAAUGGAACUGCGCGAUAGGUAUUGUGUAAUUAAAUUGGUCCGUUCUAAACCAAUGAAAGAAAUUGUUUUUGUUAUACAUAA